AUGGGACCAAGUAAAGUGAUACCUUAUUACUUCAAGGCACAAGAAACAUUCGACCGAGAAGAAGUGACAAUUUCAACUUUAGUGACACAUAAUCGAUUUGCUGUAUUAAGUCGAUUAGCUUCUCAUUACAAAGGUCCAGUCUCCGUAGCAAUUCAUGUCAAUGAUGAUGGAACAAAACAAAAGAUUUUAACCGACCUUCAUAAACUAUACGACGAAAAUCCUGAUAUGCGACGUUAUGUGGAUCUCCAUUUGGUGGUAGACAAAUUUGACCGACAAUUCAAUAUGUGGCGAAAUGUGGCCAAGUUCUUUGCUCGAACAGAAUAUAUCAUCAUGUUAGAUGUGGACUUUUAUCUAUGCACUGAUUUCCGACGUUCUCUCAAGAAAAAUCCUGAAUUGAUGGAUGUAUUACGAUCUGGUCGUGGUGCUGUAGUGAUUCCUGCUUUUGAAUAUAUCAAGGAAGAAGAUGGUGAAGAUUGGCGUUUAUUCCCUCAAAAUAAAGCAGCUCUCAUGGAUAUUGUGAAAUCUGAUACAAUCGAUAUGUUUCAUCGUUCUUGGAAACGUGGUCAUGGUUCAACAAAUUAUACAAAAUGGUAUACUUCAACUAUGCCUUAUAAAGUCACAGAUUACAAUUAUUCCUACGAACCAUAUGUGAUUUUCAAAAAAGAUGGAACUCCCUGGUGCGAUGAACGAUUUAUUGGUUAUGGUGCAAACAAGGCCGCAUGUUUGUACGAAAUCUAUUUAGCUGGAAUCGAUUAUUGGGUAUUACCUGAUGAUUUCUUGAUUCAUCAAACACAUCAUUAUCCUGAAGAAACCAGAGCAAAAGAACGUAAAUACAACAAGAAACUAUAUGAUUACUACCGAGAAGAAGCUUGCCUAAGAUAUGCUCGAAUGAUGAUCGCUGCUGGUGAUUGGGAUACGGACAAGGCUGACAACGUUAAACGUGAAUGUGCAAAGAUCAAAGGAUUCAAUGAUGUUAUAUCAAAAGUACAUUAG